UUACUCAGACCUAUUCUUCCGUAGCAGCUUACUGAACUGACUGACUUAAAUGACUCCACAUCUGACAGCGACUUAAUUUCACUUUACAGCUAUAUCAUACACUGACAAAGAAGGACAUGAAGUAACUUUUAGUAUUGGUACAGAGCUAUUAACCUAUGACAAAGCUAGAAGAAGUUGUAUGGAAAGAGGGGGUGAUUUAGCCAGUAUUGCAGACAAAGAAGAAGAGGAAUUUAUAGAGGCAGAGGUCAUAUCCGAAGCAGAUAAUUAUUGGUUGGGUUUAGAUGAUCAAAGUGUGGAGGGACAAUUUGAAUGGGUGGAUAGAAUUCCUGUUUUGUACACAAAAUGGAGUAAUCUUGAACCUGACGAUGGCACAAUGAAGACCGGUUCUCUAAAUCAUGACGAAGAUUGUACAAUAAUCAAACCAGGGAUGGAAUGGAGUGAUGUGAGAUGCUGGAAUGAAUACAAAUAUAUUUGCAAAAACUCAAAUGACAAAACAUCUCAUAAACCAUUAUAUGAAGAAGAGUUAAACAAACUAAAUGAACAUGUACAAGCUCCUGAUAUUCCGAACACUGCUCAUCUGCCUAGUGCUAGUGUCGCUAAUAACGUACUAUCAACGUCGUCAAGAUCGAGUACAAACGUUAAUAAUGACAUAGGUAGCGAAAACAAGAAUCUACAAAAUAAGUCAAUUGGAAGAUUUACAGAUGUUCCUUUAAAGGAGAGUGUGGGUAUGAACAAUACGGAGAAUCUGAGAGACAUUGAAACUGAGCUGGGAAAAAAAUCAAAUUCUAGGGAUUUAUCACCAGCUUUGAGUCACUUUAAGGAAGUGCAUGCUGGUGGUAAUGGAGGACCAAGUACACAAAUCAUAAAGCAGGCGUUUAAUCUUCAACAGGAAAAAGCUGUAUCUUCUGAUCGUAUAACACCUGAUAGAAAAGAUGGAUUAUUAGGCUCUGGACAGGAAGUUGACUUUGUUUCACUGCAAAGUAAAGCUCUAGGAGAUACUGGUUAUACCACGAAUAAUCUGUUAACGAAUAUUAACAACUUGAACUCGCCCUUUGGGCCAAAUGUAACAACAAGUAGUGAUGAUGGAAACUCGCCCAAGUUAUUAAAUUUUCUCGCUAACCCACAUUUUAAUCUAGCUAAAAGUAUUGCUGAAAAGAUUGCACCCGAUAUUGUUAAAGACUAUUCAGCUAAAUUCUACCCAGACAUUUUGUUGGUACAAAAUAUUUGUGGAAAAACCUGCGGUGACGCAGCGGCUCAAAUGAAAUUAGGAAAUGCUAAAGAGCUAGGUGAUGUGUGUGGUAGAUCAUGCGCGAAUUCCUUGUUGUCAAUGAAUCCUAUGGAAUUCAUGACAGUUAUAGGUAAAAUAAGAGAUGGUGAAAAGUCGAAGGACGAUGAAAAGUUUAAAAAUGCUCGACAGCUUGCCAUUGAUGCUGUUAAUAAAAUUCUAGCACCUCUAGUUGGUACUAAAAAGCCUUUGUCUGUACAAAACUUUAAUUCUGAAACAAAUGAGAAGCCCUCUAGAAAACCGGAGGAAGAAGUUGUUGCUCAAAAUGAACCACAAAAACAAGAACCGAAAAAAGAAGGACAAACAAACCUUGUGGAACAACCAGAACAUGUGAUGAUGUCAUUUCCAGGAGAGUAUCCAUUCAUCCAUGGUACAAGUUAUUACGAGCAUGGCUAUACCAUUCCUGACGCUGUGUCACCGGUUACCGUUGAUAAUACGUACACAUAUCCAAUCAGUUUGCCAGUUCCAUCAAUCGUUCCCAGUUCAGCUUCGGAUUCAAUUGAUAAUUCAUCAGUACAUAAACAACCAUCUGUAAGUCAAAACAUUCCCGAUUCUGCUCCGAUGCCUUUAGAAUAUGGCAAAAAUAAACAAACAUCGGAUGACAAAAACUACAAGGACGAAUUUCUUAAAGCAGAUUCAAGUGCAGCAGAUGCUGGGAAGAAAGAUACGUAUAAAGGCGAAGAUGAUGAAAUGUUUACAAUAUCUAUGAGAAAAAAGAAGAAGCAUUCCAGGGGUAGAAGACUAAGAAAACAAGAAGAAUGGAAAGAUCAUGACCACCAGAAUACGCACCCGUUCGAAGAUGAAAAUAAUUCUGUUCCUAGCAUAACCGAAGGAGAUAACUUAAAAGCAUUUGAAACAUUGGCAAAAGAAAUGAAGAAUUUUGUGCAUGAGAAACAUAUAAAAACGAAAAGUAAAAAUAAAAAUAAAGACGAUGAAGAUCUAGAAGACUUUAUUAAAAAUAAAUUAAGCGAAGGUGAAGAUGUUGUUGAUGUGAUUGGCCAUGCGGCAGCAAAAUUUCAAAACAGCAACGGCAAGAAAUCACACCAUUCUAAAAAGAAAAGCUACGGAAAAGACCUAAAACAAUAUAAAAUAAAGAAACUGAAAUGGUUACGAAAUAAAGUUACAGAGUACAAGGAUUACUUACAGGAGCUAGCUGCCAAUUUUCAGCCUGACAAUGCACACGAUGCCAUUACAUCAAGCAGAUCAUUUAAUCUUCCUGAUCAAGGUCCAGAUGAAAAUGAAAUAACAGAACACGUUCAAUAUGCUACACAGAAUGAUAACUUUGAUCACAAAACUGCUGCAGAUAUAUUGGCCAACGAUGAAACCAAAGAAUCCAGUGAUAAUGGACAAACUGCUAACGAAGUUAUAGAAGAAGCUAGCGAGGAAAACUUGAAAGAUAAAGAUGAAAGAAGUCGUAUUGAACAGUUAGAUACCGACCUGCAAGAUAUAAUUGAUGAGAAGCCAUUGAGACAUUCUGGAACUCCAUUUAAAAAGAAUGUUAAGGAUCGUACUGAGUUUAAAUCUGUAGACGGGAUGGGAUUUGAAGACUACCUUAAAGGAUCAGGUAGAGACAUAUUUUCGACAAUACUACUAGACAAUACUACUUAAUA